UACGUACGUGCAUCAACCGUACACACGUACGAACGACGGGGGUACGGCGUACGUGGUGCUUGUGUUUCUUGUGUCUUAUCUGGAGUGUUUAAACGAAAUAUUGCCGGCAUUUUGAAUUCCAACACAAUCAAAGAAGGACAUUAGUUUGAUAGUAGUGGUUACAGCUGAAUCUUAUAUCAUGAGUACUCCAGAUGUGCCACCAGCAAGUGGUGGGAGUGCAGGGAAAAAGAAAGGUGGGGGGUUCCUGCACCGACAAGCGAAAGCGAAGAAGGCGACUAGCGGCAGUGCAGAGAUAACGGAAGAAGAACUACUGCAGAAGGAUGCUGUCACACCAGAUGAUGUACUAAAGCUUACUAAUUGUACAGAAAACUAUUUAUGUGAUCCAGAUGCUAACAUAUACAAUAUAGACUUCACCAGGUUCAAAAUAAGAGACAUGGAUACUGCAACAGUCCUCUUUGAGAUAGCAAAGCCACCUCCAUCAGAGGAAGAUGACGAUGUAGAACAAGAACCUGAUGAUGCAGAUCCUAAUGCUGGCAGAUUUGUGCGCUACCAGUUUACACCUCAAUUCCUUAAACUGAAGACCAUUGGAGCAACAGUUGAAUUUGUUGUUGGUGAUAAACCAGUAAAAAACUUUCGCAUGAUAGAAAGACACUACUUCAAAGACCGAUGCCUGAAGACGUUUGACUUCAACUUUGGUUUCUGCAUUCCAAACAGCAAGAAUACAUGUGAACAUAUAUACGAGUUUCCCAAGCUCACUCCAGAAGAAAUUCAGGAGAUGGUGGACCAACCUUUUGACACCAAAUCAGACAGCUUCUAUUUCGUUGACAACAAGCUAAUUAUGCACAACAAGGCAGAUUAUGCAUACAACGGGGGCAUAGGGGCUAUGUGAUGAUUCAUAGAUGCAGCUUGGAUAUCAAUUGACCCGCCUUCAAGUAGGUGAAAGAUUAUUUCUGCAAAGGACUCAAACAGACUACACAUGGUGUGGAUCCUCUUCCCAAAUUGAUGAAAUACGUGUAGAUCAAACUAUGGUCAGAUUAAGACCCUUGCAGCUAUUAUUAUCUGAUUUAAACCAUGGUGAAUAGAACACUGAAUCAGUCAACAGUUACAAUGUACAUCUAAGUAUCAUCUAGAUGUUCAAGUAAUUGCUGUCAGAAUCACUGUUAGGUAUCUGCAGACUGCAAGUCAACUAUUUUUUCAAGUUACUGUAUUGUUAUCCAAGGAAAUUAACUGCUUACUUACUUUGGUUUUUGAAUGCGAGAAAUGAUUUGGAGUAUUGUGUGCCAGCUCUAUUGGGAAUCUUUAUAGUGGAUCUAUAUCUCCCUUGUGUAUUUUGUCAAAAUGUGUUUUAGUUCAUACCCUAUCACAACCUUUUGUUCCCCAAAACUUCAGAAACCCCAAAUCGAUCAAUGAAUACUACCAGACAAGAAAUUUUUUUUUUUUUACUUUUCUUCUUCUAAAGGUUGUGUAUGCACAUCGUAAUGAAUAUAGAUUAGCAUCAAAAGUGACUUUCGUCAGCUGCUGAUUGUGAGUCAUGCUGUCCAGUUAGAUUGUAUGCACGUGUUUCAUACAAAUGACUACAGUAAACUCCGGCCAAGUCGACAUCGUAUAACCCGUCAAAUCUGACGAAAGUCGUGAUCGUCUCUAAUGCAGUUCCAUUGAAAUUUUCCUUUCUAAGUCGGCCUUUGUAAGUUGCCAUUUCGCUUUAGUUGGUGUGUUACUUUCGGUCCCAUUUCCUCAAAAUCACAAAAUUCCUCCAUGCAAGUCGGCAUCCAAAAAAAAAUACACAACCACCACGUGUGCGAUCAAAAAGGGGUUUCCCCGAUACUCAAUACCACUACCUCCUCUAGUCCUGCAUGCAUAAGCACUGUCCGUUUUGGGGGUCUUGUUAUUGAAUGAACUUUAACAGUACUGGUGAACAAUGCACACAUUAAUUCAUAACUGUACAUGUACAAUGUAUGCAAGCAUUCUGCACCACACUGUUAAUGUUGGCCGGCCAUCCUUGCUUCGUACGGGCAUGGCUUUCUGUGAUCAAUACCCAAGCCUGUAUGUACAUGUAUGAUAAUCAUUGAGGAUAAAUUUGCUGGAAUCAACCAUGGAUGUAGAAAUAAACCAGGGUAUAAAGCCUGUGAUCCCAUAAUGGUACAUUUUUUGGAGUAUUGAUUCCGAUACAGAUGUGCAUAGCCGACAAAAUGACGACUUACAGCAGAUGUUGGCAUUCGCGUAAGUCAUCACAAAUUCUCGGGUCCCGAGAGUGCCGAGUUAGCCUGAGUUUACUGUAUACACAUGUACCCAAGUUACCGUACAUUGCAGUCUGAGACUUUUUAGGUGUCAUAAAAUGGAUACAAUUUGCUGUCGUGUGGCAAGAUACAUGUAUGUAAACUGCACCUUGAAAAAUGACUUCAGUUCCUGAUGUGCUUUGUAAUAUAGUACACAGUAAUUGUAAUACACUAUGCUAGACUACGUAUUGUAUGUAUACUUACAUGUACAUGUAUGUAGAAUUGGAAAUUUUGCCCCCCCCCUCCCUUUUGCUUCAUGUUUUUGACAAUUUUUUUAUUAUUUGUUUUUAAGUAACUAAAAUUCAUUUUUAGUUCGUCUAACUUUCUCUUUUCUUUGUUGUUGAAUUGCAUCUUUGAUUUACAUACUGUACAAUCUUGACACCAAAUUUGAAGACCGUCCUAAUAAAGUAAUCCCCUUGUAUCAGAUCCCCUAUUAACUUACAUGUAAUAGAUUCUUUGAAGUAAGAAAGGGCCUAGUUGCUCAUCUCUCUAUUUUGUACCCACAAUUCUCUUUGAUCACGGAUGAACCAUGUCAACCCGAAGCACUGACUAUUUGUUAUCUAUUUUUACCAGUAUUCAAGUGAGAUUCUUUAAGCUGACACUGCAGAGAUUUGGAAACCUUUUCAAAUGUUUAAACAGCAAUAUACUCUAUCGGACUACAUCUGUAAAAAAACUCAAGUCUACACCAAAGGGGUGAAUAUGAUGAUCUAAUUCUGAUACUCAGCCAUCCUGAAAGGUCCAUUUUGUUCAUGUACAUACGGUACAGAGUUAACAAAUGAAGAUUUAAACAUGAAUACAUUUCCAAUGUUUAGUUCAUCUGUUGUGAAAAUUGUAUGAUUUCCUUUUUGUAAUAUGUUAUUAAUCUCACUACUGUUAUGUUUAUAUUUAGUAUACACGUAGGUCAUAAUGCUUCAAGCAUUGAAGUUUGGUCUCAUCUGGCACGCCUAAAGAAACUCUGCUUAACUUAACCUACUGUACAUGUAUCAAGCAUGGAUCCAUCCGUUUAUGUUCCUUUCAGUGAGUUAAAACCAAAUUUGUACAUGUUCUACUAGAUAUGUGCCACAAUUAAUCUGACACGUUGUACAAUGUUAUACCCACAGGAAGCAGAUAUCAAAGCAAAGUAAUGAUUUUGAGUUGCACACAUCAUUAGAACAUUUAUGCACUUAGAAAAACCCACUGAACAGGCACCCAUCUCUCUUUGCAUUAUUCUUAGUCUUCUAUUGUAAGAUUUCUAUCAACUGUGUGUAAAUGAGUACACGGGAUGGUGUUUUGGGGACGCAUGAUAUACACUUUUGAUCACAUUUGGUUGUAUUCAAAUGUUCAUGAUCUUCAUGGCAAGCAACUCAAACAGUUGUCUUGGCUCAAGACUGGAUUGGAUUUGCCCGAUACAUCAGCGGGUUCCUGACAAGCACGGUGGAGGUCUUGCGGAUUCAAGAUGACACAAUCCACUCUUGGGAACUUACUCAGGAAAAUCCAACCACACUUGGCAUGCGUGAAUUAGCUUAAAUGGCGUGUGAGGUAUAGUUGCAAAGACUGGAUUGGAUUCAUCUUGUU